AUGUCACGAGUGCAAGAUUCACAACUAAAUCAAGAACCGUCAUACUAUCUCCCACAUCAUGCCGUGUGUAAAGAGGGAAGUACUACAACAAAGGUUAGGGUUGUUUUUGAUGCGUCGGCAAAAUCUUCGUCAGCGGACAUAACAAAAAUGUACAGACAGAUUCUUAUAGAACCAGAAGAAAGAUAUUUUCAACGCAUCCUGUGGCGCCAAAGUCCAGAAUUGCCUAUAGAAACGUUCGAACUGAAUACAGUUACAUAUGGAACAGCAUCGGCCCCUUUCUUAGCAACACGGGUAUUAAAACAAAUAGGUUUAGAAUGUACACACACGUUUCCAAACGCGAGCAAAGUAAUCAUUAACGAUUUUUAUGUUGACGAUUUACUAACCGGGGUUGCCACGAUCUCAGAAGCAAAGCGAUUAAAGGACGAAGUUUCAGGAAUAUUACUCCAGGCCGGGCUUCCAUUGCGUAAAUGGGCAACGAAUUGCCCUCUUAUUUUUCAAUCGUCCCCGGAUACAGUAACGGCAAAAGAACUCAAUGCAGACAAAGAUCCAAAAACUCUCGGUCUGCAAUGGGCGUCUGUUGAAGACGAACUCCGAUUUUGUAUUUCAUCUUCGAACAAUAAACGGGUUACAAAGCGUACAAUAUUAUCAGAAAUUGCGCAAAUAUUUGAUCCAUUAGGAUUAAUUGGACCAGUUAUCACUCGCGCGAAAUUAAUGAUGCAACGGCUAUGGAAAAUGCAGAUAGGUUGGGAUGAGACAAUCUCCCAAGAGUUACACGCUCAAUGGACGAGUUAUAGGCAGGAAUUACAUAACUUAGACUUAAUAAAAAUUCCUCGUAAAGUAGUAGUUGGAUGUUUAGCUCAGGUAGAAUUACAUGGUUUUGCAGAUGCCUCAGAAAAGGCGUACGGGGCGUGCGUCUAUUUACGGUCACCAACAAAGUCAGGUAAAUGGGAGGCUCGGCUUUUGUGCUCGAAGUCCCGCGUCGCGCCGCUCAAGUCUGUAACGCUUCCACGAUUAGAACUGUGCGGAGCACUUUUAUUAGCCCAAUUAGUACACAAAGUUCAAUCAGCGCUUAAUCUUCCUGUUGAAAGAGAAUACUACUGGUCAGAUUCCAGUAUUACGCUUGCAUGGAUAGCAAGUGUAUCGAGCAGGUGGAACACCUUUGUUGCCAAUAGGGUUUCACAGAUACAACAUUUAAGUAAGAUCGAUAACUGGCGCCAUGUAUCCUCAAAAGACAAUCCAGCAGACAUAAUCUCUCGUGGCUUAAACCCGAUGUCCCUGAAGGACAAUAACCUUUGGUGGUCAG